AAUAUUUAUCUUCAUCGUCGUCUAAGUUUUGAAUCACGCAGGAAUAUCUGGAGGAGUAUCAGCUGAACUGAGAUCUGCUGCUGUGAAAAUGAUGUUUGUUAAAGAAGAGAGUGAACACGAGGAACCAGAAACCAGCACAAUAAAACAAGAGGAACCAGAAACCUGGAGAAUAAUACACGAGGACCCAGGAACAUGGGGAAUAAAACCAGAGGAACCAGACACCUGGGGAAUAAAAUAUGAGGAACCAGAAAAAUGCGGAAUAAAACAAGAGGAACCGGAAACCUGUGGAAUAAAAUAUGAGGAACCAGAAAAAUGCGGAAUAAAACACGAGGAACCAGAAACCUGGAGAAUAGAACACGAGGAACCAGAAACCUGGGGAAUAAAACACGAGGAACCAGAAACCUGGAGAAUAAAACCAGAGGAACCAGAAACCUGGAGAAUAAAACCAGAGGAACCAGAAACCUGCACAAUAAAACCAGAGGAACCAGAAACCUGGAGAAUAGAACACGAGGAACCAGAAACCGUGAGAAUAAAACACGAGGAACCAGAAACCUGGAGAAUAAAACCAGAGGAACCAGAAACCUGCACAAUAAAACCAGAGGAACCAGAAACCUGGGGAAUAAAACACGAGGAACCAGAAAGAGAGUUAAUUGAAGAAAAAGAGGAGAAAGAAGAAUCAAGUGAAGUUGAGAAAAAUCACGUCAAAACUGGAGGAAAACCUUUGAGUUUCUCUCAAAGCAAACAGAAAGAUUUAAAGAAAAAAAGAGCAAAGAAGUCCUUCCGCUGCACUCAGUGUGGAAAGAGAUUCACACAAAAAACAGAUUUUGAGCGUCACAUGAGAAUUCAUACUGGAGAGAAACCAUUCACUUGUGAUCAGUGCGGGAAGAGUUUCACACAAUCAUCAAACCUUAAUAUACACAUGAACAUCCACACUGCAGAGAAGAAGCACGCAUGUGAUCAAUGCGGUAAAAUGUUUUUAAGGGUUUCACUUCUGAAGAAACACUUGAAAGUUCAUGCAAAGGAGAAACCACAUCCAUGUUAUUUGUGUAGUAAGAGUUUUUUGCCUCUACAAAGUUUGAAAGUACAUCAGAAAAUACAUACUGGUGAAAGAGUAUAUAUAAAAAGAAAUGAAAGGUUCCACACUAGAAAGAAACCUUAUAAGUGUUCACACUGUGAUAAGAGAUUCAGUGAUUCAUCAAAUCUGAAAACGCAUGAGAGGAUUCACACUGGAGAGAAACCUUAUAAGUGUUCACACUGUGACAAGAGAUUCAAUUAUUCUUCAUAUCUGAAAACGCAUGAGAGGAUCCACACUGGAGAGAAACCUUAUAAGUGUUCACACUGUGACAAGAGAUUCAUUAAAUCAUCAAGUCAGAAAUCACAUGAGAGGAUUCACACUGGAGAGAAACCUUACAAGUGUUCACACUGUGACAAGAGAUUCAGUAAAUUAUCAGGUCAUAAAAUACAUGAGAGGAUUCACACUGGAGAGAAACCUUAUAAGUGUUCACACUGUGACAAGAGAUUCAUUAAAUCAUCAAGUCAGAAAUCACAUGAGAGGAUUCACACUGGAGAAAAACCUUACAAGUGUUCACACUGUGACAAGAGAUUCAGUAAAUCAUCAUCUCUGAAAACGCAUGAGAGGAUUCACACUGGAGAGAAACCUUAUAAGUGUUCACACUGUGACAAGAGAUUCAGUAAAUCAUCAUCUCUGAAAACGCAUGAGAGGAUUCACACUGGAGAGAAACCUUAUAAGUGUUCACACUGUGAUAAGACAUUCAAUGAUUCAUCAUCUCUGAUAACGCAUGAGAGGAUUCACACUGGAGAGAAACCUUAUAAGUGUUCACACUGUGAUAAGACAUUCAAUGAUUCAUCAUCUCUGAUAACGCAUGAGAGGAUUCACACUGGAGAGAAACCUUAUAAGUGUUCACACUGUGACAAGACAUUCAAUGAUUCAUCAUCUCUGAUAACGCAUGAGAGGAUUCACACUGGAGAGAAACCUUAUAAGUGUUCACACUGUGACAAGACAUUCAAUGAUUCAUCAUCUCUGAAAACGCAUGAGAGGAUUCACACAAGAGAGAAACAUUAUAAGUGUUCACACUGUGAUAAGACAUUCAAUGAUUCAUCAUCUCUGAUAACGCAUGAGAGGAUUCACACUGGAGAGAAACCUUAUAAGUGUUCACACUGUGACAAGACAUUCAAUGAUUCAUCAUCUCUGAAAACGCAUGAGAGGAUUCACACUGGAGAGAAACCUUAUAAGUGUUCACACUGUGAUAAGACAUUCAAUGAUUCAUCAUCUCUGAUAACGCAUGAGAGGAUUCACACUGGAGAGAAACCUUAUAAGUGUUCACACUGUGACAAGACAUUCAAUGAUUCAUCAUCUCUGAAAACGCAUGAGAGGAUUCACACAAGAGAGAAACAUUAUAAGUGUUCACACUGUGACAAGACAUUCAAUGAUUCAUCAUCUCUGAUAACGCAUGAGAGGAUUCACAUUGGAGAGAAACAUUAUAAUUGUGCACACUGUGACAAGAGAUUCAAUGAUUCAUCAUCUCUGACAACGCAUGAGAGGAUUCACAUUGGAGAGAAACAUUAUAAUUGUGCACACUGUGACAAGACAUUCAAUGAUUCAUCAUCUCUGAAAAUGCAUAAGAGGAUUCACAGUGGAGAGAAACUUUAUACAUGUGCACACUGUGACAAGACAUUCAAAGAUUCAUCAUCUCUGAAAACGCAUGAGAGGAUCCACACUGGAGAGAAACCAUAUAAGUGUGCACACUGUGACAAGAGAUUCAUUAAAUCAUCAGCUCAGAAAACACAUGAGAGGAUUCACACUGGAGAGAAACCAUAUAAGUGUGCACACUGUGACAAGAGAUUCAGUGUGUCAUCAAGUCUGAAAACACAUGAGAGGAUUCACACUGGAGAGAAACCAUAUAAGUGUGCACACUGUGACAAGAGAUUCCGUGAUUCAUCAACUCUGAAAACACAUGAGAGGAUUCACACUAGAGUGAAACCAAAUAAGUAAAUGGAAUGCAUUUAUAUAGCGCUUUCAACAGAUCCCAUGGCCAUCCAAGGCGCUUUACAAGUUGCCUCACAUUUACCCAUUCACUCACUCAUUCAUACACCGACUGCGUUGUCAGCCAUUCAAGGCACCAUCCAGCUCGCCAGGAGCAGCUGGGGUUAGGUGUCUUGCUCAAGGACACAUCGACAGUU